AUGCAGAGUCUUGUUCGAUCCGUUAUCACGCAGGCAACGCGCAGAGUGAGACGGGUUGUGUCUCGCCGUAAUUUCUCUGCGUCUUCCGAUGGCGAACGCGAAAAGAUGAAGGACAAAAUCCGGCGUCUGUUUCAGUUCCAUCCUAACUCUACCGCCAUAAUUGCAGGCACAGCGUCUGUGUCGGCUCUAGAAGGUUUCAAUUUCAUGGAUGAUGAGGAAGCGGAAGGGAAGGAUGAGAAGAAACGGUAUAUAUAA